GCGCGAUUGAGGGGGAGGUGCGCCUCUCUGUGUGCUGAAGUGGUUUCUGUUUGCGUGCAACGUUCGAAGCCGGUAAACUACUUGCCGAGAUUGUCGCUUGCUCGGGCGAUUCGGCGUUCAUCAACCUGUUCAACGGCGAGCGGAUUUUCUGGACGAAGAGAGCGCAGCCUUUUAGACGAAGCCGAUCUCUCCCAGCGCAGUGGCAGGGCGCUGCUGAAGUGUCGAUGUGUGCGGCGCUUCAUCGGUUUUUCGCACGGCUAUGACAAUAACUUGGGAGAGCAGAGUCAUCAACUAUGAGACGGAGCGCAAGGAACGUCGAGGAACUCUGGAAGAGGUUACGGACCACCCACUGAGGACCAAUGUCGUCACAGAGCAGCGACGCCAGUCUUCGACAGAGCGAUUGCGUCUGCCCACCACGUCAUGGAGCGGCCCCGACCCUCUGUCCAUCAGCGAGGGAGCUGAUCCGCUUUCUGCCAUGGCCAGCGAACAGCCGGAUCUGGACGUGCCAAGUUCCUCUGUUGCCGAGGAGGGUCGUAGCCGGCAGGUGGUCUCGCCGCGCUUCGAGCCCUGGGAGAACAAGAAGGCUGGCAUUCUGGCCAAGUACUCGACUGCCGAGAAGCUUUCCAUUGCCACAAGCUUCCUCUCCGGUGGCGAGAAAGUGGUGGUGAAGACACAGAGUUCCGUGACGGACAAGGUCAAGAACCGGCUCGAACAGCUGGACGACUUCGAAGAAGGCUCGGUGCGGGAGAUGUUGAACCUGUCGCAGCAGGAGUACACCACUCGCAUCGAGGAGCUGCACCAGGCCCUACGCCAGGCGUGGGACCAAGACCAGCGUGUGCGUGCACUGAAGAUUGCCAUUCAGUGCUCCAAACUUCUGGUGGACACGUCGGUGGUGCAGUUCUACCCGAGCAAGUUUGUCCUCAUCACUGACAUACUGGACAACUUUGGCCAGCUGGUGUAUCAGCGAAUCCACUCCAAGGCUGAGUACCUCAAGCCUGGGAGCAAGGUGCCCGUCCCCCUUCCCGCGGACUUCACGCCAGACCAGGUGCCCGAGUCUGCCAAGGAGACGUGCCGCAACUGGUUCUUCAAGAUAGCCUCGGUGCGGGAGCUCAUACCUCGCUUCUACGUCGAGACGGCCAUCCUCCGCUGCUGCAGCUUCCUCACCCGAAGGGAAUAUUCAGGGGUGCUGCUUCGGUUGACGGGCACCAUCUGUGGCAUCGGCGAUCCCCUUGUUGCCGCUUACGCACGGUGCUAUCUCUGCAGGGUUGGCAUGUCGGUCGCCCCGGAGGUCCAGGAACAUGUGCUCGAGAAUUUUUGGCAAUUCCUCCUCACAUAUCCUCAGCUUGAGCGUCCGGUGGUGCAGCAGCUGCUGCGGCAGCAGAAGCUGGACUUGUCCACCUACCUGACCCUGUACUGCCCGGCCCUGGACUGGAUUCUGCAGUGCGUUGCCCACGGUGCAUCCGAGAACCUACUGGACCAAGUGCUGGCAAGAUGCAAGGCACAGUGCAACAGUGCCCUGCUGCUCAACUCCAUCAUGACCGCCUUCCGGCCCGAGUUUGUGGCCAAUCGGGCCCUCGAGUUUGUCAGCCUCAUGAGGGACUGCGACGACGCCUCGUUCCCCAAGCAUGUGCUUCUGCGCACGCUGGGGCUGUGCCUAGUGUUGGCCAACCCACCCGAGGACCAGCGACGACAAGUGCUCAGCCAGGCAUGGAAGGCCAUCGCCAAGCUGCGCAGCCCUGCCGACUAUCUGAGCUGCGUGGAGGUCUGGAUCGAGUUCCCCUGCAAACACUUCACGGUGCGCGAGGUGGACGCUCUGCUGGGCGCCUUGGUACGCCAGCUCGUGCCCGACCGAGCGUACGAGCAGCACCCCCAGCAGCUGGCUCGCGUGGUCGAGCGUCUGCUGCAGCACGUCACCGACUUCGGCCGGCUCUGCGCCAUGGAGCACUUCCUGCCCCUGCUGGACCUGCUGCCCCGCGAGGGGGACGCCCGGGUCCGCGGCUGCAAGGCCGUCAUGGCCGCCUUCCUGGCCCAACAGAAGGAGCCCACCCGCGACCCCCUCGUGCUGCACGCGCUGAUGCACGUAGGGCAGGCCCUGCACGCCUCGCUCAACGCGCUCGCCCUGGAGGACGAGCGGCGCCACAUCGGCCAGCUUCUCUGCGGAUUCCUGCAGAGGGUCGGCUUCGGCCGAGACUUCGAGCAGCAGCUGGCCUUCUACGUGGACGCCCGGGCCGCGUUCAGUGCGCUUGACCCCGUGCUUGUGCAGUUGGUGCAGGACGUAAACCUGCUGGCCAUGCGCACCCGCCAAGUUGUCAAGGGCCAUCACACCCGCAAGACGGCUGCCUUUGUUCGGGCGUGUGCAGCCUACUGCUUCAUCACCAUCCCGUCCCUGAGCAGCGUACAGUCACGGCUCGAGCUCUACCUGCUGUCGGGACAGACAGCGUAUCUCAACCAGUGCCUCUCGCAAGGCGAUGCGUUCCUGCAAGCGGCCAUCGAGCUCCUUCCGGAGCUGCCGCCCUUUGUGGAGCCCGAGGGUGGCACGGUGGUGCAGCGGACCAGCACCGAGCCGUUCCUCGUGUCGUACGCAAGCAGCCUGCUGUCGACGCUGCUGGUGGUGCCGGACCAUCCGGAGCACGAGCCACUGCGGCUGCUGCGUGGACUGCUGCAGGUGCUGCACGAGCGGCCGGCCUCCACGUGGACCAGCUCGGGGGGCGACGGACGGGCACGCAUCUUCCUCAAUGCACUCAACCUACUCGUGGCGCUGGGGCAGGAGCACUACCUCUAUCACUUGGACAAAGUGGACUCCAACGACGCACUGUACGGUGGCGACCCAAAGUUCCGGGCUCAGUUGGAGCAGCUGUGCACCAGUGUGCUGGAUCAGCUGCUCUCACACCUGCGUGCACUUGGUGAAUCUGGGCACGUGGAGCGGCAAGCGCGUCUGGCCCUGGAACUUCUGCAGAGGCUGGUGAUCGGAGCAAACUUGGAGAGACGGCCCCUGUUCUCCCUGGCGGUCAGCCUGUGGGGCCUGGCCCACCGAAAUGCUGCCCUUGAUCACCGCGCUUCAGUGCGCUGUCUGGAGUUUGUCAAGAAGCGAGCCAGCAGGGCUGGAAACAAGGGCCCUUACGCUGAGCUAGCCAUCAAGUUGCAGAUCCCUUCGCCAGUCUGAGCCCCCGCCCCAUCUCCGCAUUCUGCUUUCAGAGCCAAUUGUGCAGUCUCUGCAGACCCGGCGAGGUCGAAGCUACUCACGGCAAAUGAGUCAUCCUCCCGCAGCUUGAGCAAGGAGAGUUUCGCAUGAACCAUAGUAGAAACCCCCCUGCUUAUAUAAAAAAGCGUCUAAAGACAGAAACGCGAAGAUAAUGUGUUGUCCUGAAAGACGUACAAUCGAAACGGAGAGAUCGUGACGUUGUUCACUUCGAUCGUACGAUCCCAGAAAUAAAUUGGGAACGAGGUUUCUGUUGUACGAAGUCUAUGAACUGCUGUGGCCACAUUGGUGGCGUUUUGGCAGGAGAUUGGAAAAUAAACGUGUACAA